GAUCGAGAAAAAAUUAUGCUGCAGUUGUGUGAGGAGGCUGACGAGGACAGCGAAAAGAUAAGCUCACAAGUGCUUCUAUUAUGUAGUGCACCGAAGUCCUACUUGACCUGCAGUAGAAUUGCAGGGCGGUCGAAGUCCUACUUGAGGUGCAGUAGCAGUACAGCCUGUUUGUUUUUGGAGAUCAGACGGAGAUGAAGCCA